UCGAACGGCGCCCGGCUUCCGGUUUCGCGCGUCGGAAGUGACGCAAACAGGCCGCGACGCGGCGCCGAAUGCGGAGGCCGGGUCGCGAUGCGCGGCGUCCUAUGUCCGCCGGCGGCCGGGGCCGUCCGGGCGCUGAGGUUCGUGCGCUGGGCUUCCCGAAACCAGCCGCCGCUCGGUGGCCGGACUCCGGCCCCGCCCGCGGCCGAGGAAGAGGACGACCCUGACCGUCCCGUUCACUUUUCCUCCAGCAGAGCCCACCCGUCCCGCUGGACGGUGCAGCAUUCCCUCGGAAAGGAGCAGCAACGGCCCUGGUGGAGGGUGUUGCCCUUCAGCCUCUCCCUCAUGGUUGUGGUCAUCUGGUGCUUCCUUAGGCAGGAGACCGGCGCGGACCGGUGGUUGAAACAGGUGUUGGGGGAAGAAGAGGAGGCGGAGCCCGGCGAUGGUUCGCAGGAGCCUGGAGCUCCGGCUGCCCAGCAGGCGAGAACUUAGCGGGCGCUAGCGGCGAGGGGAUAGGCAGGCGCCCUGACGCUUUUGCCAUCGCGUUUGGCCGUUUCUACCGUGGCUAUGCGCGUCCCCAGAGUGAAGGACUCGGCUCACCUGGCCACGCUGACCUGCGUGAAGGCGGAGCGGAACGUCGUCACGUCGGAUCUGGCUCUUUGCCAAACACUUGAUGCCCAACGAAUACGUCCAAAGACAUUUCAUUUUCAGAUCCCCAGAAAAGGUUUUGGUUGCACUGUGCGCUGUUGGAUUUGUGAUGUGCCUUUCUACCGUGAUCUUGUUUGCAAAGCAAUUCUGGUGACACUUGUGAUCACUGUGAUCCGGUUUGCAGGUCAUUUGCUUCCCGAGACAGAAUAACUGGCAGGAAAGUUGUUAAACUUCUCGUUUGCGGUGUACUGUAGUGCGUAGAAAUUGACGUUAGUUUUGCAAACUGACAGUAUAUUUUAACUUGGUAACGUGGAAUUAAGCCAAUCCUCCCCCUUUUUGUAUCUCAUUAAAAAAAAAAAAAAGAUUUUAGUCCUUUUCAGUUCCUUUGGUUUUCUGUUUUUCCGGAGUAGGAACUGAGGAAAGAAAUCUAAAUGUAAAUUGUGGAAUUUACCAAGGAUACCAGAAAUAAUGAGCUUUCUCAGCUCUAGAGAUUUUUAUUUUUAGCAAGGUGACAAUUUUCUGAGUAGAAUAAGACUGAUAAGUAUUUCUUUUGACAAAUUGCAGGCAAUAUUUUUGGGUAUCUAAAUGAUAUGCUUUUCAAGUACUAUUUAGUAAAACUGCUUAAUUCUGAAUUAAAUACAAGAUGCACAAAAGGAAGAUUUUAUUCAUGCUUCUAGUGGCAGGUUUUAUCUUGGCAUGCCUGUGGUGCCGAAGUUACCUGGAGGUUCUUUCAUUCAGGUGUUUGAAAGCUGGGGGCUACCUGCCAGCUUGCUGGCUUCUGGAAGGGUCUCUGUGGGAGUCCUCUGAAUGUCCCGCCCACCUGGGUAAAUCGGGCUCAGUAGGGAAAUGGAACCCAUACAAGUAUGUUCAUUAUUUAGAGACAGAUCAAGGUUUGGAAAGGUUGGCCUGAUCGUAGCUCAGCUACAUUGUUACCCCAGCGGGAACAGGGAAGUGGCCCCCUCCCCAACCCGGCCUGACGGCUCUCUGUUGAAUUGUGAAGGGUUUUGUUUGAGCAGGUCAUUCAGACCUGAACCCUUACUUUCCUCACUAGUUCCUGCAGGGAAAAAAAACAAGACCUAACAAAAAGAAUUUUUGUUUUAAUUAAAAUUAAUUCUCAUAUGACAAAAGCAAGUGACUUACCUGGAAAAUUAUAUACUGUAAGGAAGAGAAUCAGAAAUACUGAAAAUCUAACCGCUGUGAAAA